AUCGAUUCUGCCAUUUUCCCGCCGUUGCCUGCAGGACCGCUCCGCCCCCUCCCCAACUAUCUUUCUUCCUGGGAGCCCUUACGGCGAACGAAGCCCUCAGAUUAAGAAUGUUUAACGUCCAAUCCCGACUGACAAAAGAGGAGAAGAGGAGUCUGUCCUAUUUGGUGGGAAGCAAACAGUUUAGCCUUCUUUAUAAAGGAAGUGUUCAUGGCUAUAACGCUAAUGCAUUUCACAGCAUAUGCAACCGCCAGGGCCCAACUGUGGUUGUGGGAUACAAUGGAAGUGGUUAUAUUUUUGGAGGCUUUACCGUUGAGAGUUACACUUCCUCUGAGGGAUAUCUGAAUGACGGAAAAGCUUUCCUCUUCAGACUGAAAGGGAAAGAUGGGGAGCUCGGCCCUCUAAAAAUCCCAGUCAAAAUGGCCAAUCAGGCUGUCUAUGACCUUAGUCAAACUGGUCCUAAUUUUGGAGACAAUGCCCUGUUAUUCCUAUCACAAAACAGUGCAGCAGUAGCCACAAAAGUUGGCAGUGCCACUUAUACCUUCUCUGCAGUGGACUUACAUGGCAAUGACCAGGUCCUUUUGGAAUGUGAAGUAUACCGAGUAGAAGAUGGUGAUAUGAUGAAAAAACCAUGGAGGGAGAUUGACUGGACACAUGGGAAAAGAAAAGAACUGAUGAACCAAAUAGCAAGUUACAAGCCUCCCUUGAAUUCGGUGCAGCAAGUUCGAGUUCUGUUCCUUGGGCCGGUUGGAGCUGGGAAGUCCAGCUUUUUCAACUCUGUGAAUUCUGUGUUCCGGGGCUAUGUGACAAGUCAAGCCAUAGCAGGAUCAGAUUCUGGAAGUGUGACACUGCAGUACAGAACUUAUCAAGUGAAAAAUGGAAGCAACGGAAAGCCAUUACCCAUCACCUUCUGUGACACUAUGGGACUAGAAGAAAAACAAGGAGCUGGUUUAGAUAUGGACGACAUCACCAACCUGUUACAAGGACACAUUCCUGAAAGAUAUCAAUUUAAUCCAACUGUUGCUAUGCAGCCAGAUACGCUGGGCUACAUCAAAUGCCCAUCUUUGAAAGACCAAAUUCAUUGUGUUGUGUUCGUUACUGAUGGAUCCAAAAUGGAAAUUCUGAGACUUGGAAAUCCAUGUUUUGUAAUAACUGUUCUUUUUGUAACUCACUUUCUCCCUAUAGCUGUGCCUCAACUUGUAGUAAUGACUAAAGUGGAUGCAGUUUGUCCUUCUAACAAGGAAGACUUGUCAGAUGUAUAUAGAAGCCAAGCUGUUAUGAGACAGAUGGAGAUAACGGCAGAAAGUCUUGGAAUCCCUCUUUCCCAGAUAGUUCCUGUUAAAAAUUACUGUUCAGAACUUGAACUGAAGGAUGAUGCUGAUAUCCUGAUACUCAUGGCAGUGAGGCAGAUGCUGCGUUUAGCUGAAAGCUACUUUGAUAAUUUCCCUUCUGACCACACCUCCAAAAUGGAUGAUUAUUUUGAAGAAUGAUGUGCUCACUUAGUAGUUUUUCUUGAUUUUUAACAAGUUCAUGCUGGUUGUUAAUAAGAAAAUGUUUGAUUAUUGAAGCCAGAAUAUAGUCAUUAGUUACAAUUGCCUUGUUUGCAUUUAACCUCUGGAUUUUCUUUGUUUGUGCUGCCUCUGUACAAUCAUAUAAAACUCAAUUUGUUUCUUUUUUCACCAGGGAUAGUUAGGUGUUUAGACAGUUUUGCAUAAGUAACUGUGUGCAGUCCAGUCAUAUGUCUUGGGGUGAUCCUCUUAGAUCUUUCUUGGUAUAAAGUAAAUAUAGUCCCUAUCAGGCACAAACACUCUGGUGAUCUGAGCUGGCCCCUCUCCUGGUAAGCAGAGUGAGCGUUCCGAUCCAGGCACACCAACCCACUGAGCUAUUCCAUCUUCUGUCUAUUUUUAAAGGGUGAUAUUAUUUAUCAGUGACACAGAAGUUCUUAUAUCCAAAGUCUUAACAAAACAAGUUAAUUUCUGUUCCCUAUAGAACUUAUUUUAAUUAAAAUCCAUACCUUUAGUUCUGGGAGAACUGGUACCUUCUUGUGUUUUAUCAGCUAAACAUUGGUUACACAUCAAUACUUUGAGAAUAUAUAGAACCCUUUUUUAAGGAGAGUAGUAAUCCUAAAUUUUAUUUCCAUUUCCCCCAAUAUUCAUACUGUAUUCAAGCAUUAGAAACAUGCAACAAUCUCUUUUCCUUGCACAAACCGAUGCCCUGUAGGAUCAGCUUUCAUAACUGGGGUGGUUCCAUUCCGUGGUUGGUAUCCAUAUGCUUAUCAGGGUACCUUGUGAAAUGGUUGGGUUUGGUAAUAUCCAGUCCAUGCAAAUUACGUUCCAACUAUUGUUAGUCUUAUUUUGUAUAACAAAAUGUUGGAUUAAAAUCAGAGUUUGGA